GUUUGCCGGGCAGCCACUCUCUCAUCUUUUACUAGGUGGACAAGUACUAAGGCUACAGAUGAUCGGCCUACUGCUAUGGACUCUGCAAAGACUUCUGCUAGUUUCAAAAAAGCCAACAGCUAUGGAGCAGACCUUCAAGAGAGUCCGGGUCUCUACAACCCCACUGCAGAACGUGACUAUAAAAGACAACAUUCCACCACUAGAUCUAGGAUUUGGCCUACAAGUAAAAAGCAAAUCUUGGUGGGUUCUAGGGAGACAUCUGAAACAAAACUUAUAGACCCUUUCGCACAAAUCCGAACAGGGAAAUCGUACACUGUGGAAUCAUUCGACACUUUGUCAGUUCCAAGGUUUUUCCAGCAAUGUCGACCGGAAUACAGAUUGGUGUGCUACAGUGCUGAUCAUCCAAUGGACACUUCCACUGGGGAACGUGUGGCCAUUCUACAGGAGGUAGCUCUUGGCAAUAAUCUAGCCACCAGCAAAAUAGCAGAUUUUUGGGAGAAGCUGAGUUUUCUACCUAAAAGGCAAAUUGGGACGCUAAGAGCAAAUAAAACUUUUGAGGUGCUCUGUAGUCUCAGCACUGAAAGACUUCGCCUCUACACCAACACAGAGCUCAUUCGCAUGCUUGGUUCCUUUGUGCGGCUCAAGAUCCCUCCAAAGCAGUCAAUGCUGAAAGAUUAUGAGCUAGAGUUUAGUCGUAGGGUGUGGGACCUAUCUACCAGUGAGCUGUUGCGUGUGGCAGACACAUGGAGAUGUCUCUGUUGUAGUGUCCCUAAGUUCUUGGACAACAUGUACAGCUACAUGCAGUUACAUUGUAUGGACCUAGAUUUAGCCCAGGUAGUACAACUCGUAUAUAUUAUUGGUGAAGGCAGGCAUGUCCCUAAAGAGUUGAUGAAGAAACUUGAAUCCAUGGUCUUACGUUACCUUAACUCCAUAAAUGUAGAAGAAAUUGGUGCUAUUUGUUUAGGAUACUUUAAGACUGGUAACGGAUUGUCCGAGUACCUCAUGAGAAAAUUUGGUAAUAAAAUUAUACAAAAUAUGGAAGACAUCAGCAGUUACUCCUUGGUCAAUACCCUCAAAAUGUUCAGAUUCACCCGCGUAGACCAUAUAGACUUUUUCCGGCAAGUUGGGAAGGUUGUUCCUAAACGCAUACCCGAUAUGGGCAUUCAGGGUAUCAUGCAUGUCACCUUGUCCUUUGCUUCAAUGCAUAUCAUGAAUGAGGACCUCAUGGAUGCCGUAGCCUUGGCUAUUCCAGACCGUGCAUCUUACUGCCGCAGUAAAGACAUUGCCAAGUUCCUGUGGGCUUUUGGCAUUCUUACCUAUGAACCGUCAAAUGCCGAUACAUUUUACCCUGCUUUGAUCAACGAAAUUCGCAAGAAUAUGAGGGAAUUUGAGGUCUUUCCUGAGCACUUCCUCACUUGCUUGAUGGCCCUAGCCUUCUGCGAACGGUUCCCAUUGGAUCUCAUUGAACUGGCCUUAAGCGAGAAGUUUAUCACACAGUCUACUAAAAUAAGUUUAUUUGAACUUAAGAAGGAUCUCUUCACUAUAGCUGGCAGUGUACAAAUUGAGUGUCCCGAAUACAAAGGUCAAACUCUUCUACCAGAGCUCCAACAAGAAAUAACAGAAAUGCUGUUAAAUUUGUCCAACCAGGAAAUAUACUUGAAGGCCGAGUUCCUUAAAGCGGCCUCAUUGUUGGAAAUUAUGUUGGGCGGCCCGGAGUUUGUAAAGAACCACAUGAUUUUACCUCAUACCAGAUCAAGAGAUCUGGAGGUCCACCUGGAUAUCUACAACAAGCCUAUCGCUAUAAAUGCCAGUGUUGCUACCGGUGGUCAACCUCAACCGAAGCCCUUGAGCCCUGAGGUUACUGAUGGCUUCGACGGUCAAUUACUGGAUAUGAACUCAAAACAGAACUCUGAAAAUAGUGAUGACCAUUCAGUGGAUGUCCCCAUUCAUAAACUCCAGAAACGCAAUGGUUUUCUGAUCACGGACAACUUAUUGUUCAAGAUGAACUUGGGAGACAAGUUAAGUCAAGAGCCUUUGUGCCGUACGGACACCCUUAAGCUGGCAAUUCAAGUUACAAACCGCAAUCAUUACUGCUACGGAAUGAAACGCCUGUUGGGUCUUCACAACUUGAAAAGACGGCAGUUGCGGAAGCUGGGAUAUGUAGUGGUGGAACUGCCGUACUGGGAAUGGUAUCCUCUAACAAAGCGUACACAGUCGGAGCAGCUUGCCUAUCUACACUACAAAGUUUUUGGCUCCGUACAUUAUGAUUAAUGUGACUGUUGGUUGUUGUGCGACCGCUGCAAGAAUUCAUCAGUAUUUGUUUUCUAUACAGUAUUCAAGCUUAAACCUAGAGCAUGUGUGGUGUUAUAGUCUAUGUUGCACAUUUAUGGAUUGUACACUGAUGUGACAAACGGGAGCUGCCAGAAACAACACCUUUUAUAACAUGCGCCAAAAAACACAUUUCUGUUCUAUAAAGCUACCUAAUUUACCUGCAUACUGUAGUCGACCAAUUUUUAGUAUUUUUUUCUUUUCUUUAUUGUAUACCUAAAUUUCUGUAUAUAUUAAAUUUAUGGAAUUGCGA